AUGUCUUUAUUCCAGUCCGCCCUCUUCAACUUCCAGUCUUUAUUGCUGGUGAUCCUACUCAUCAUCUGCACGAGUAGCUAUGCGCACUCGAUCAUGCCGGGUAUAAUGGACCGGAACCAGAAUGGAGUACUCGGCAUAUUCUGGAAAUGUGCACGUGUAGGGGAACGACUGAGUCCAUAUGUCAGCAUAUGCUGCAUUCUGAUGGCUGGUUCGAUUUUCUUCGGCGGCUGA